CUGUCCCGGGCGGGCAUGGCGGACGAGGGCGCCGUCACGGUGUGCGUGCGAGUGCGGCCGCUCAUCGCCAGAGAAAAUGCCUCGGGAGAUAAAGUGCCCCUGCACUGGAGAAGUGAGAAUAAUACUGUUUCCGACGUGAGCGGUACCAAAAUAUUUAGUUACGAUCGUGUGUUUCACUCAAGUGACAACACUCAGCAGUUGUAUGAUGGUGUAGCUGUUCCAAUUAUACAGUCAGCUGUGCGAGGCUAUAAUGGCACGAUUUUUGCUUACGGACAGACUGCUUCAGGGAAGACUUACACAAUGAUGGGGAAUGAAGAUUCCGUGGGCAUUAUCCCUAAGGCAAUUCAACAUGUGUUCAAAAUUAUUUGUGAGAUUCCUGAAAGAGAAUUCCUGCUACGGGUUUCUUACAUGGAAAUCUACAAUGAAACAAUUACUGAUUUGCUUUGUGAUAAUAGGAAAAAGAAGCCUCUGGGAAUUCGUGAGGAUGUUAAUAGGAAUACGUAUGUAGAAGAUCUGAUUGAAGAAGUGGUGGUUGCCCCAGAACAAGUUAUGGAAUGGAUCAGGAAAGGAGAAAGAAAUCGCCAUUAUGGAGAAACAAAAAUGAAUGAACACAGCAGCCGUUCUCACACUAUCUUCAGAAUGAUCAUUGAAAGCAGAGAACGAAGUGACCCUGCAAAUGCAAACUGUGAUGGAGCAGUCAUGGUUUCCCACUUGAACUUGGUAGAUCUGGCAGGCAGCGAAAGAGCGAGUCAAACAGGAUCUGAAGGUGUUCGACUGAAAGAAGGCUGUAAUAUAAAUCGGAGCUUGUUCAUCCUGGGUCAAGUUAUCAAAAAACUUUGUGAUGACCCUUCUGGCUUCAUAAAUUACAGAGACAGCAAGCUGACUCGAAUUCUGCAGAACUCCCUUGGAGGAAAUGCUAAAACAGUUAUUAUUUGUACAAUUACUCCUGUUUCUUUUGAUGAGACACUCAGCACUCUUCAGUUUGCCAAUACAGCCAAAGGAAUGAAGAAUACACCAAAAGUCAAUGAAGUUCUUGAUGAUGAUGCACUGCUGAAGAGAUACCGCAAAGAAAUUCUGGAUUUGAAAAAGCAGCUGGAGGAAGUGUCUUCAAAAACUCAGAUUCACGCAAUGGAAAAGGAUCAGCUGGCCCAGCUGUUGGAAGAAAAAAAUUCCCUUCAAAAAGUACAGGAGGACAGGAUACGAAACUUAACUGAGAUGCUGGUGACUUCUGCUUCCUUUGCCUCAAAACAGAAUGUUAAAGCCAAGAGAAGAAGAAGAGUUACUUGGGCUCCUGGUAAAAUAAACCAGGCAAAUGUGAGCUUUUUUGAAGACUUUGAAAAUGUAAUGCCAACUGAAACAAAAAAAAUGAAGUUGUCUCUGCCAGCAAUACCAGAUGUGGAGGAUUCUACCUUAGAGAAUUCUGGGUAUGACAGCCAUUGCCUGAUGGUUCCUGAUCAAAUUUCAGAAGUAGAAUGGGUUGCUGGUCCCAGCAUGAAUUGGACCCAGAAAGACUUUGAAGAAUCUGUGCAACUCUGUGAAGCAUUAGCACUAGAAAAGGAUAUUGCUGUAAAUGAGGUCAACGUCCUGCAAGCUAACUUUGAUAACCUAGUGCUGGAAAAUGAGCAGUUGAAAUCAGAAAUAAAUGAACUGAAAGAGAAACUGAAGGAAAAAACAGAAAUCGAUGAAUUUGAAGCACUGGAAAAGCAAACACAAAAAGAUCAUGAGAUUCAACUAAUGCAUGAAAUUACCAGCUUAAAGAAUCUAAUUUCAAAUGCUGAAGUGUACAAUGAGGAACUUGAGGCAGAAAUAAAUUCCAAACUGGAACAGCUGAAAGAGAAAGAGAACAAAAUAAAAAUGUUACAGAAUCGUGUGGAAGAACUACAAAAAGCAGAAGUGGAAAAAAAGGAGACCUCUUUUGCACUGGGAGAUUGUGAUAAACUGACUGAAGAAAUUCAGCAGCUGAAUAAGUCCCUCUUAGACAGUGAAGCCAUAGCCUUGGAUGCCAAAAAGGAAUCUGCUUUUCUCAGAAGUGAAAAUUUGGAGUUGAAGGAAAAGAUGAAUGAACUCUUAAAUAACCACAACCAAAUGCAAAAGGAUGUCCAGUUAUAUCAAAGCCAAAUAGAAGCGGGAAAAGCCAGUUACCGAAAAAUGCAAGCUGACUUGCAGAGAGAGCUGCAGUCUUUAUUUCAAGAAAACACAAGACUAACUUCACUGAUGGAGGGUAAAGUUCCAAAAGAUUUGCUUUCUCAUGUGGAGCUGGAAAAAAAGGCAGCUGACUUAAAAGGAGAACUAGAAAAUGCUUUGAAAGAGAAUGCACUUCUACAGAAACAAGUAAAUGAGCUAUCAGAAUUGCAAUCUCUACCAAAUACUGUUGAGAUGCAAAAGAAAGAGAUUCUUGAAAAAUGUGAGGAGUUACACUUAUUAAAAUUGGAAAAUGAAAAGCUGCUUUCUGAAGUAACUGAUAAUGAAUUGAGACUUAAGCAUAUGUCUGAAGAAAUUGAAAAAUCAAAAGACAAUCUCACAGAUGUACAACUGAAAUACACAAAGUCUGAUGAGCAAUAUGUAGCACUUAAACAGCUCCAUGAAGAAAUAGAACAAAAAUACAGAGCUGCAUCAGAAACCAAUGAACAAAUGAAGCUCCAAAUAGAAUGCCUAUCUAAAGAAGCACAAGAGUCUAAAACAAUUUUGGAUGAAAUGAAAUUAGAGCUUUCUAGCAAAACGAAAGAACUGGAAGAGAGAGAAGGAGAGCAAAAUCAACUUCUUGAGCUCAGAGAAAAUCUUGUUCAGACUCAGCAGAAGUUAAAUGAACUGGAGCAAUUAAAAGAGGAGGAAGAAAGGCUUAGUGAAGUGAGACUGGAGGCCAAAGAUUUGGAGAUCCAGGCAGUCUUGCAGCAGCUUACAGAAUGUCGGGAAGAAAUAAAAGCUCUAACCCAGGAAAGAGAUGACCUGAAACAAAAAGGGGAGUUUCUCCAAGCUGAGACUGAGCAACUCAGAGAGGAUAUAAAGGACACGGUUUCAAUGAACAUCAUGGCACAUGAAGAUCUGAGAAAUACACAAAACUCUCUGAAGGAAUCCCAGAAAACUGUCAAGAAGUUGGAAAAAAGUAUUUCUGAAAAAGAAUCUCAGAUUUUGAGUGUUGAAGAGGCACUAGGGAAAACCAUUAAAGAACUCCAAAUACGGAUCUCAGAAAUGACAGAAGAAAUUAAAAUCAUCACAUCAGAGAGAGAUCAGCUUGCUGAGGAAAAAUCAGGAAGUAACAACUGUAGAGAAAGUGAGCAGCUUCAGGUGCAAAAGGAACAAAUCAAUUUCCUUACUCAAGAGAACUGUUCAUUGCAGGAGAAGCUGGACAGUUUACUUUGGAAAAGAGAGGAGUCUGGGGAAGGAACUUUGCUACCACAGAUUCAAGGACAAUCCAUGGAGCAAGAGUUAUUUCUUCUGAGAGAAGAGCUGAGCCAGGCACUACAGAAAUUGCAUGAAAUGGAGGAAGCAAAGGCCAGUGAAUAUCAAGGGGAAUCUGAAAAAAUGGAGAGAACAGAUGUUAUUCCAAAACCAUAUGACUCCCAGGAAGUCAGUGCCCAGACAGAAGGAGAUGGUGAUGAUUUUAAAAUGCAACUGGAAAAUCUCCAGAAAGAGAGAGACCAGCUAAGAGAAACGCUACAGGAAAUGAUUAGCAAGAACUCGGAGAUGCAGGAGGAGUUGAGAUGUACUUGUGAAUCUCUUGGACAACAUCAGGAGCAGAUUGUGGAGCUGACAGGAAGAAUUGCAGAGAAAGAAAACCAGAUCUUGAGGGCGCAAGAGGCAUUGAAGGAAAAAACUGAUGAACUGCAGCAGAAGCUCUCUGAAGUCACUGAGAACCUGACUCGUGUCUCAGCUGAGUACAGCGACCUCCUGGCAGAAAAGGAACAAACCGAAAGGGCAAUGAGUGAGCAAGUGUGUCAGCAGCUUGAGAGAAUCACUUCACUUAACAAGGAGAAGGAAGAGCUUCAGCAAAUGGUAGAGACUUGUAAAGAAAGGGAAGAACACUUGUUGAAGGUUCAGAGGCAAUCUGAGAUAUUGGCAGACAGCCUAACAAGCAAGAUCUCAGAAAUGACAGAAGAAAUUAAAAUCAUCACAUCAGAGAGAGAUCAGCUUGCUGAGGAAAAAUCAGGAAGUAACAACUGUAGAGAAAGUGAGCAGCUUCAGGUGCAAAAGGAACAAAUCAAUUUCCUUACUCAAGAGAACCGUUCAUUGCAGGAGAAGCUGGACAGUUUACUUUUGAAAAGAGAGGAGUCUGGGGAAGGAACUUUGCUACCACAGAUUCAAGGACAAUCCAUGGAGCAAGAGUUAUUUCUUCUGAGAGAAGAGCUGAGCCAGGCACUACAGAAAUUGCAUGAAAUGGAGGAAGCAAAGGCCAGUGAAUAUCAAGGGGAAUCUGAAAAAAUGGAGAGAACAGAUGUUAUUCCAAAACCACAUGACUCCCAGGAAGUCAGUGCCCAGACAGAAGGAGAUGGUGAUGAUUUUAAAAUGCAACUGGAAAAUCUCCAGGAAGAGAGAGACCAGCUAAGAGAAACGCUACAGGAAAUGAUUAGCAAGAACUCGGAGAUGCAGGAGGAGUUGAGAUGUACUUGUGAAUCUCUUGGACAACAUCAGGAGCAGAUUGUGGAGCUGACAGGAAGAAUUGCAGAGAAAGAAAACCAGAUCUUGAGGGCGCAAGAGGCAUUGAAGGAAAAAACUGAUGAACUGCAGCAGAAGCUCUCUGAAGUCACUGAAAACCUGACUCGUGUCUCAGCUGAGUACAGUGACCUCCUGGCAGAAAAGCAACAAACUGAAAGGGCAAUGAGUGAGCAAGUGUGUCAGCAGCUUGAGAGAAUCACUUCACUUAACAAGGAGAAGGAAGAGCUUCAGCAAAUGGUAGAGACUUGUAAAGAAAGGGAAGAACACUUGUUGAAGGUUCAGAGGCAAUCUGAGAUAUUGGCAGACAGCCUAACAAGCAAGCUCUCUGAAGUCACUGAGAACCUGACUCGUGUCUCAGCUGAGUACAGCGACCUCCUGGCAGAAAAGGAACAAAGCGAAAGGGCAAUGAGUGAGCAAGUGUGUCAGCAGCUUGAGAGAAUCACUUCACUUAACAAGGAGAAGGAAGAGCUUCAGCAAAUGGUAGAGACUUGUAAAGAAAGGGAAGAACACUUGUUGAAGGUUCAGAGGCAAUCAGAGAUAUUGGCAGACAGCCUGACAAGCAAGCUCUCUGAAGUCACUGAGAACCUGACUCGUGUCUCAGCUGAGCACGGCGACCUCCUGGCAGAAAAGGAACAAACCGAAAGGGCAAUGAGUGAGCAAGUGUGUCAGCAGCUUGAGAGAAUCACUUCACUUAACAAGGAGAAGGAAGAGCUUCAGCAAAUGGUAGAGACUUGUAAAGAAAGGGAAGAACACUUGUUGAAGGUUCAGAAGCAAUCAGAGAUAUUGGCAGACAGCCUAACAAGCAAGAUUCAACAGUUAACUGAGACACUAAAUAGUGUCUCAUGUGAGAAGGACCAGUUAUUAGCUGAAAGUAAUAGUCACUCUUUACAACUUCAAGAACAAAUCUUAUCAGUGAAUCAUGAAAAAGAUGAGCUACAAAAACUUCUUCAGGAUGUCAGGUUUGAGCGGGACCAGCUCAAGACAGAAUUGCAAAGAAAUUCUGAGAUGUGUGUUGAAACAAAGGCAAAACUGGAAGAUGCUUUAGAACAACUGAAGCAGAGAAACGUGAACAAUAUGUCCAUUCAGGUAAACACAGUGGAUAUUGCAGAGCGGGUGGCUGAUAACAGCUUGACAGAAAAAACCUUGAAAAUCAAGGAGCUUCUUGAGAAAUUCCCCAGUAUGGGGAAGAGAUAUGAAUGUCUGUCUACAAUGUCUCUUAAGCUGAAGAGUGAACUGAACAGUCAGAAAGCACUGAUAGCUGGGAUACUGCCUCAGCUCACACUGGAGCAGAGUAAACAAAUCAAAACACUUCAAACUAAAAAUGAGGAAAUCAACAGUCGUCUCCAGAAGUUAUUGACCAAAUUGAAGCUUCUGUUCAGCUCUGCUUGCACAAAGAGAAGAGAGUACCACACUACUGUUCACAGGUAUGAAAUGGAAUUGCUUGAGGAAAAGAGAAAACAAGAUCACCUACAAUCCCAGAUUCAAUGUCUAAGGAAGAUGAAUUUGAAGCAGAAUGAAGUAUCAUCACAAGAGUUAAACAGCUGUGAAGGGCUGCAGAGUUUCUACUUGGAUGUAGAGAGCAUUGUCAAAGAUGUAUCAGAAAUGGAAAAUGAACUUCUCUGCAUAGAAGCAGAGUUAGAGCAGGAAGAAAAUGCUAGAAAAGAAACAAUACAGUUCUGGGAAGCUUGUUCAGGAACUCACUGGGAUGCAGAGGAGCUGAAAGAAGAACUCAAGAAAGAUAAUGAAAGACUCUUGCAAGUCUUUAAAUUCUGGACUCCUAAAGUAAAGAUACUCCUUGAACUUUCUUCAGAGCUGGAUGCCAGAACUGCUGAUUAUAGUAAAAAUGCUGAUGUUGAAUUAAAACAGAGAAAGGAGAAAAAUGAAGAGUUGCUUCAGGAUCUAAACACUCUAAAAGAAAAACUGGCCCCUGGUGGCUCUGCCAGUCUAGCAUUAGAAGAAGAAAAUUAUAGGCUUCAUAAUAAAUUAAAGGCUGCAGAACAAGAUAAAAAGGCUAUGAAAGUAAAAAUUCAGAAGUUAGAAAAUGUAAUAAAUGAAGUAGGAGACAGUGUCAAAGAGAGAGAUGAGAAGAUAAGCAAGUUACAAGCACAGAUAAGAAUAAGAACAGAGACAAGUGAGCUCACCCAACUGCAAGCCAAACUGAAUGAGAUGGAUAAUUGCCUCAGGACUGCCUUAACAGAGAAGCAGAGUCUUCAGGCAAAAUUAGAUAAAGGUGCUGAGCUGUACAAAGAAGAAAUUGACCAUCUCAAAACACAAUUGGUAAAAUGUGAUCUGGAAAGAAUGAAACAAUCCAACUUCUUUGAAGAGAAUCUUCGUAAUUAUAAAGCCACUGCAGAACACCAAGAACAACAGUUAAAAAAGCUAAAGGAAGAACUGAGAAGAGCACACCAAGAGCAAGAUGUUACUGUGCUGAAAGAAGCAGAUCCUCAGCAAUCCCAAAUACCCCUUACUUGUGGUGGUGGCAGUGGUAUUGUGCAGAGCACACAAAUACUUGUUCUAAAAUCUGAACAAGCCAAGCUACAGAAAGAGAACUUGCAGCUGAAGAAGCAAAACGACCUUCUACUGAGUGAUGAACUUCAACUGAAAGAGGAACUCAGGAAAUGGAAAGAAAGAGCACUAAAAUGGAGAGAACGAUCCUCAAGAGAAACUACUCGAGAGACAAUACCAAAGUCUCCUAAAAAGGCAGUGUCAUAUUUCUUUAAAGAGCAAAUGCCUUCACCCUGCAAGGAAACUGUUUCUCAGGAAACAGUGACUCAGGACUUACCAAAACCUCUGCCUCUGACUUGUCCAACAAAUUUCUUCGAUAAUUCCAACUUGGGUGUGCUAACAGAUACGCGACCUGCGGGCACAGAGUCCACAGAAGAACAUCUUAAGCACUUGUUUGGGACUUCAGACAGAGAUAAAGCCCCUGACUGCAGCACCCAGUAAAGAUGCUCUGUUGUUAGCUGCCCUUACAGUGCCUACAGCCAAGAUCUGCAUAUACAAAAGAAAAUUGCUUCAGGUUAAAAACCAUCAGCCUCUUCCAUCUUUGCUGUCUUGGAGUUUCUAUUUCUCACACCUGGGAAAGCUGGAAUAUGAGGACAAAGAUGGAAAACCAGAUGUUGUCCCACAACCUGCUAAUCUGCUGAUGUUCUGCUUUGGUGUUUUGAUGUGGACUUUUUUUGAUGGCAAAGAGAGGCUAAUGUACUGAAGAAGAAAGUGGAAACAAGGAAUGGAUGACAAACUAAUUACUGUGAAACUUCUCAAUCUCCAACUUUUCAUUCUAUCAUUCCUAGAACAGCCCUUUUCUGGGAUGUUGAUAUUUCUGUCUUCAAAGUGCUGUUGACUUGGCAAGAAAUAUUUUUUUUGUUUGUUAGCAUGUGGUUUUCAUACCAUACUUCCGUUAGGCCAAUAGAAACUGCACUUUCAUCACAAUCUUGACUUCUUUGGACACUGCAACCGAAGUUACUGAUCUUCUGUUUGUAGAGCACACAAUCAAGGGUUCCUCUUAAACUCCUUAAAAGUUUCUGCAGCUCAGCCAAUUAUGGUACCGUGAGUAACUUUGAAUUUUGCAUCAUUUUUCAACACACCUGUCUGAAGUUGUGUAUUGAAUUCUUUUAAAAUAUUAAACAAUGGACUUCGCACUCUUCUGCUUCUCUAGUGAAGGGAAAACAAACCAGAUCAUUGUGGCAAGAUGGACUCUUUUAUUAACCUACUUAUCUGUGUUGUGAGACCUACAUUUUGUAUGUUUUAUAUAAGAAAUUUUAACUUGACAAUAAAAUUUGUUGUGUUAAAUAUGUAAAAA